GCCGAGGAGGGUGGUGCGCCACGGACCUCCGUCUGGAAUUGCAGUGCUGUUUCUCGCGUGCUGGCAUCGUGUGACGGAGUGCGUACGUAGUGCGCCGCGGCGUCGUCUCUCGCGCCCGAGUCACGCAGGAGUCGGCUCGGACUCUCCGGAGUCGGUGCUGGAAUUCGGCCGAGCCGCGCUCGGGCCGCAGUGACCGUGCCAGAGCGGCGGCCAGUGAUGACGUAGGCCGGCGGGGUGGAGAGCGCCGCCAUGUGGAGAUCGCUGCCGCUGCUGCUGCUGCCGCUGCUGCUGGCAUGGACGGGAGUGCAGCAAGGCACGUGCCAGCUGCACCAUCAGAACACACCGCCCAUUAUCUGGGUGGACCGGCGGUGGACGCUGCCGUCAGACGCCAAGAUCGGUCGGCUGGUGGCGCGCGCGAAGGCGCAGGAUGAGGAGGGCGACCCGAUCACCUUCGGUAUCAUGCCGGAUGAGUUCUCGGACGGCUCCCACCUCUUCACCAUCAACAACGUCACCGGCGUCGUCUACCUGACGGCCGACCUCACCGGCAAGGAGAAUGAGCAGUUUUACCUGCGAGUGACGGCCGACGACGGCCACAUACCGGUGGUGGCGGUCGUCUGGGUGGUCAUCACCGAGCCCACCGGCAACCUCAGCGAAUUCGAGCAGCCGCCGACGUCCCACACGCAGCCUAAGCUGCCGCCCAACCUGGUCGACAAGGCGGGCGCGGCCGCGGCGCUGCCCGGCCGGCCACGCGCGCCCAUCGCCCUGGGCGUGCCGUCCCGGCCGAACCGGCCCAGCGGCGCCGCCAACGAGCGGUCGUCACCGACCGAACCAACACGGCCACAGAACGCGACUGGUGCACCCUUGGAGAAGACCCCGGAAAGCGGUGGUCCGAUGGAUCCGACCCCGAUUGUGGUGCCGAUCGUGCUGUGCGUGGUGCUGGUGCUGGCCGUCGGCUGCGCCAUCUGGUUCUACCGAAAAUGGUCGAGCGCACGGAAGAAGACGCGCAAGGAAGAGAACUACGCCAUCGAGUUCCAGCGACGCUCUGGCUUCGGAUCGGAGACCUCAGAUAAAAUGAACGACGAACAGAGCUCCACCUGGAGACGCUUCGACCCCAAGGGGAUCGACGCCACCAAAUUGAGCCUGGGCCAGACGAACCUGUCCUUCAGCGGCGAGUCGGGCCCCGACCGCAAGUGGGAGUUCCCGCGUCACCAUCUGCGCAUCCUGCACCAGCUGGGCGAGGGCUGCUUCGGCCAGGUCUGGAAGGUGGAGGCGCUCGAUAUGUCGGGCGUGGAGGGCGUCAGCACAGUGGCUGUGAAGACGCUGAAGGAAGCGGCCGGCGAGAAGGAGAAGAAGGAUCUGCUGCUGGAGAUGGACGUGAUGAAGCUGCUCGACCCUCACCCUAACGUUGUCACCAUGCUCGGCUGCUGCACUGAGAAAGAUCCGAUAUUCCUAAUUAUGGAGUACGUGCACCGGGGCAAGCUGCAAACGUACCUGCGCGAGUCGCGCACCCCCAACGACUACAACAACCUGCACGGGCCCUCGGCGAUGCUCACGUCCCGGGACCUCACCACGUUCGCCCACCAGGUGGCGCGCGGUAUGCACUACCUCACCGAGAAGGGGAUUAUUCAUCGGGAUUUGGCGGCCCGCAACGUGCUGGUCUCAGAGGAGCGCGUCUGCAAGGUGGCCGACUUCGGCUUCGCGCGUGACAUUAUUGUCAGUCACGUGUACGAGCGCAAGACGGAAGGCCGGCUGCCCAUCAGAUGGAUGGCGCCGGAGAGCUUGUACGACAACAUCUUCACCGCCAAGAGUGACGUAUGGAGCUUCGGCAUCCUGCUCUGGGAGAUCGUCACGCUGGGCUCUACCCCGUACCCGGGCAUGUCGGCUCAGGAGGUGAUGAAGAAGGUGCGAGAAGGGUUCCGUCUAGAGAAGCCGGAGCACUGCCGGCGAGAGCUCUUCAACCUCAUGUACUACUGCUGGUCAGCGGAGGCCGACUCUCGUCCGGGCUUCGCUGAGAUCGUGGAGACGCUGGAGAAGCUGCUGCUCACGGAGAUGGACUACAUAGAGUUGGACCGCUUCCCCGAGCACUCGUACUACAACCUCACCGGACUCAGUGGCGAGAAAGUGUGAGCCGCCGGCGUCAGCGGGGCGAGUGGCGUCGCCCGGAGAGAUGGACCCGCCUGAGCUGUGGUGGACUCGUCCGAGGCGUGAUGGACUCGUCCGAGUGGUGAUGAACUCGUCCGAGGCAUGAUGGACUCGUCCCGACCGAGCUGUGAUUGACCCCAAUUACGCAACGCCGAACGACGAAGAGAACGACAAAGGCUCAUCUGUGACGGUGGCACGUAACUGGCAGAUUCUGAUAAGGUCUCCUAUGCAUUGUUCGGGAGCAAUGACAUGGUUAACAGUAGCGGCAUCAGCGAGUGACCAUUGGCCCUGCGACUGUACGCUUGCUUCAGAAAGAACGUGCUUUCCGCAGCGCACGCACUACUCGACCAAUGGUUGUGAGUCUUCUCCAUGACGUCACGUGUGACGACAUCAACGACGGAGGCCUGCGAUCGGGCUGAUUUUCUGACAGAUUCGAGUGGGCUCCAUCUAGUUACUGUGGACCCGAACAGGCCGUUUUCAAUGUCGCGUCACAUGUCUCGCCACCGGCGUGUUCGAGACAGGCGGUGGGCUUCCUGCCGGUCAACAUGACAUGCAUGUGUCGUGCAAUACCUGUGGUAUUUGUUGUACAAGUGUAUUUGAUAUCUGCGACUGUGAAUAUGUAUUAGUAUGUGAAUAAUGUUGCACCUGGCCUGUUACGGAUAUUGGUUCAUUCACACGCGCACGCAUGAUGUUUGUUAAUGUCCGUUUCGGGUGUCAGGCACGUGGAAUGCUGCUCUGGCGUGGCUCUAACGCUUUCGAUUAACUUCAGCGCCUGACUGUAAUGGAACCUUUGAUGAUUGGCGAAAACCGGCUAUUUGAACCAUGCUCAAGGCCGUGUGGUUGUGUCUUGCAGGAUGCUUUCAAACAAGACUCGCUUGCAAUAAUGUCGCAGUAGAUUUUUUAAGUAACUGCGGUUUGGACAGAUGAUAUUACAUACUCGUAGAUCUGAACGCAACAUAAUAAACCAACAACGGCACGGAGCCUGACAAUACGACGGGCUGGUUUUGCGAUCGCGCAUUUUUAAUUUUGCUGAUGUCAUUCAGACCUAAUGCUCCAUAGUGCAGCGCUUUUGAGUUCGCGGCAUGUGUCAUUUGACAGCGGUUAUCGUACCGUACAUGUGGUGUGGUGAUCAUAUUUCAAGUCACGUUCUCGCUCCCAUAGGGACAUCUGUCGUAUGUGGUGAGCACAACACGUGCGGUGAACCUUACCCGGUGCAACAAUUGGCACAGACGCCUGUUACGUGUCGCCUCGUCUUCUAGAGCAGCUACAGCUGGCAAUAAAGCACCGUUUUAAACCUCCGAAACUGCCUUCAGGUGCCACACAGGUCAUGUGUAGUUAGAGUGGUUGUGCUCAUGUGGUCACGGCAGCAGAUGCGCUUGUUGCUCGCUUCCAGCCGGGCUGCGCGCGAUAUGUGACAGCACCGCUCACUUGUCGCGCACUUGCGAUGUCGCGAUGACGUGGCCAUGCCUUUCAUCUGACCUGUUUUACGGUAUUCUUUAUUCCGUUUGAUAUGUGGCUGGUGGAAUGCAUUUCCCACAAAAUACUGGCUGUCGUUGUUCCGACGCCGCGUUCUACUGCCGCCGCGUUCUACUGACGCCGUGUUCUACCGACGCCGUGUCGUAUUUCCGGCGCGGGUCUGUGAAGCUGGCCAUAGAUUGUGCCUGCUCUUGGGGGUGCGUGCGAGACGUGUUGAUAUGGAGCGAGUGAUGUGACGCGUAACGUGUGACGCGUGACGGCAGCAGUCACGUGCUGUUCGGACCCGUGUGCUUUAAUGUUAGUGGCCUGGUGAAUAUACAGACAUAUGACACGGA